AGUUUGGCAGUUCGAUUGAAUUUUAUCAUUCCACAGGACACUUGCUAAAUUCCAAAUACAAAAAUCAUUUGGAAAACUUAAUUAAACGAUCACUUGUUUCAAUUAAAUUUAUAUACUACUUACAAAAUAUUAUAAUGGCUGGAGCUGUAGCCAAAAUUCCGUCGCUACUAAACACGGCGCUCGCUGAAGCUAGACCAAAAUUCGCCAUAUUCAUGAAAUAUGCUAAAGUUGAAUUAGCACCACCCAAAAUAAGUGAUAUUCCACAAAUCAAGGCUGGUAUUGCGAAAUUGAUGAACAGCGCUAAAACUGGAGCAUGGAAACAGCAAACUGUUAGACAAGCAACUUUGAACACAUUGGUUGGGGCUGAAGUGCUUUUUUGGUUUUAUAUAGGAGAAUGUAUCGGAAAACGUCACUUUGUUGGUUAUGAUGUUUAAACCAAUAUUAUUCAAUCAACUGUAGAUAUUAUAUUCAUUAAAAUAAAUUAUUAAACAGA